AUGAGUGGAGUAAGAGAAGAAAACACAAGACUGAAAAACCUUCUCCAGCAAGUGGAGAAGGAUUACAAAGCUCUACAAGUUCAGUUCAUGGACAUGUCUCGAAAAGAAUAUUCCGAUAAAUACCGAAGUUUGACUUUUCCGGUCAACGGCUCGUCAAAUGCCGAUUAUGAUGACGAUCGGGACCAAGAAUUAGUAUCCCUUAGCCUCGGAACGAAUAUUCCUGCCAAAACCAAGAAAGAAAACGUUCUACCCAAGCCCACGUGUGAAAAAGACUCGACCGAGCUUGGGCUGGGCUGCAGCUCGGAAAGCUCAAAGACCGACGAUGGGCCCACGAGCCCGUGUAAAGUCCCAGGCCCGAAAACGAGUAGAGAUGAUGAAAUUUGCCAGACAAGUGUGAAGAGAGCAAGGGUUUGUGUGAGAGCCAGAUGUGAAACACCAACAAUGAAUGAUGGUUGCCAGUGGAGAAAAUAUGGACAGAAAACAGCCAAAGGAAAUCCAUGUCCAAGGGCUUAUUAUAGGUGCACAGUUUCUCCAACAUGCCCGGUUAGAAAACAGGUGCAACGAUGCAUGGCCGACAUGUCGAUCUUGAUUACCACCUACGAAGGCACGCACGACCACCCGAUUCCGAUCUCCGGCACCGCCAUGGCCUCCACCACCUCUGCCGCCGCCUCCAUGCUCCUCUCCGGCCCCACUGCCUCUCCUCCCCUCAAUCCUUACGGCCCGCCACCUGUGCCUCCGUAUUCCACCGUGACCCUCGAUCUCACCACCGAGCCUGCCGCCACACGUGGUGGCUUCAGCCUCCAUUCUCCACCAACCUCUCAGCAAAACCCUGGUUUUCCGGCGACUGGCCUGAGCUUUUCUCCGGUGGAACCCAACAUGGGUUCCUCAGUUUGGGGCGUGAGUGGCGGCGGGUUUUCUUUUGAUCUUCCCGGAAAAUCUGCACACGAGCAAAAGUAUGUUUCUUACUUGGAAAAGCUGAGCCACGCUUCAUCACAGCAGGCUCUAACGGAAACGCUGACGAGGGCAAUUUCGUCCGACCCGAGUUUCCAGUCAGUUUUAGCAGCUGUGGUCUCAACAAUGGCUGCUAAAGGAGGUGAGGGGGAGAAGUGA